AAUUUUGCGUCAUCACUUACUGUCAUCAUUGUAUUUUGUUUUUCCAUUUGGCUCGGAGUAGAAAAUAGUUUUUCUUUGCAUAAAACUGUACAAUUUGUAGGAUUAAUUAGUUGUGAAAACCAAUAAGUACAAUGUCGAUGAGACCAGACGAUCAUCGUCGCAAGUGGGACCGUGCGGAAUACGAAAGACUCGCCCAGGAGAGGCUGCGAAGCAAGAAAACACCCAAAGGACACGAAGCAGACGAUGAUGAUGAUGAGACAAAAGUGGAUCUGGAUGUAUUUACAGAAUCUGCCAAAAGGGAGUUACUCAAGAGGCGCGACUACAAAGUGGACUUGGAGGGAAAGCUGGGCAAGAGUGUCGUGAUCAGCAAGAGUACACCUUCAUCCCAAUCCGGAGGUUACUAUUGCAAUGUGUGCGACUGUGUGGUCAAGGAUUCCAUCAAUUUCUUGGAUCACAUCAAUGGGAAAAAGCAUCAGCGAAACCUUGGGAUGUCCAUGAAGGUUGAGAGGAGCUCCCUGGACCAGGUGAAGGAACGCUUUAAGGUGAACAAGAAGAAGAUGGAGGAGAAACAAAAGGACUAUGAGUUGGAAAGUCGUCUCCGAGAGGCCAAAGAGGAGGAAGAAAAACUCAAGGAGCACAAGCGAGAGCGCAGAAAAGAACGCAAACGGAAGGCUGAGGAAAGUGUCGAUGAUCUCGAUGAUGAUCCUGCCACAUCCGAUAUGGCUGCCAUUAUGGGCUUUGCUGGCUUUGGCGGCUCCAAAAAGAACCACUAAAAACAAUAAUAGAUGUCAAUUCCUGCCAUUUACAAAAAAAAAAGAAU